GGGAGCGUGACAUGCGAGUGAGUGUGUACCGCACCAACCAUGGCGUCGUGCGUUUCUGUGUGACAGGCAGGUUUUAGCUUCUGGAAAAAAAACAUCGCCACUGGACUGAGAUCUUUUGCUGUCGUGCCACGGCGGGGGCCAACAGGUGAAGAUGGGGUCCCGAAUCAAGGAGAGUCCCGAGUCCACCUUUGAGGUGUAUCUGGAGGUGGCCCUCCCAGGCAAGCACAGCUCCGGGCCGGAGGUGCAGAGGCAGUUCCCUGAGGAUUACGCUGAGCAGGAAACUCUUCAGACGGUGCCAAAGUUCUGCUUCCCCUUCAGCAUGGACAGUCUGACGAUCAACCAGGUCGGCCAGAACUUCACCUUUGUGUUGACCGAUAUUGAGAGCAUGCAGAGGUUUGGCUUCUGUCGGCUGUCUUCAGGGGCACACACCUGCUACUGCAUCCUCAGCUACCUGCCCUGGUUUGAGGUUUUCUACAAGCUGCUCAACAUCCUGGCAGACUACACCGUCAAAGCCCAGGAAAGCCAGUUACAGGAGCUCCUGGUGUCGCUUCUCACACUCCCCAUUCCUGAGCCCGGAGUCCCGGUUCACCUCGGCGUGCAUUCUUUCUUCACUGUGCCUGGCACGAGGGAACUUCCCAGCAUCCCUGAAAAUAGAAACCUAACAGAGUACUUUGUAGCAGUAGAUGUCAAUAACAUGCUUCAUCUGUACGCUAGUAUGCUUUACGAACGUCGAAUCCUCAUCUGCUGUAGCAAACUAAGCACUUUAACGGCCUGUGUUCAUGGCUCAGCAGCCAUGUUGUACCCCAUGCACUGGCAGCACGUUUACAUUCCUGUCCUUCCUCAGCAUUUGCUUGACUACUGCUGUGCCCCGAUGCCAUACCUUAUUGGAGUACAUUCCAGCCUGAUGGAGAAAGUUCGCGGGAUGGCUCUAGAUGACGUGGUGGUCCUAAAUGUGGACACGAACACGCUGGAAAGCCCUUACGAUGACCUCCAAAGUCUGCCCAACGAUGUGGUUUCAUCUUUAAAAAGUCGUCUGAAGAAGGUUUCUGCAACUACGGGCGACGGUGUGGCCCGAGCCUUCCUCAAGAGUCAGGCGGCUCUGUUUGGCAGCUACAGGAACGCCCUGCAGAUCGAGUCGGGAGAGCCAAUCACGUUUAACGAGGAAACUUUCAUCAACCAUCGCUCCAGUGCUAUGAGACAGUUUCUUCAGAAUGCCAUUCAGCUCCAGUUCUUCAAACAGUUUAUCGAUGGCCGUUUGGACCUGCUGAACUCAGGAGAGGGCUUUAACGACAUCUUUGAAGAAGAGAUCAGUAUGGGAGAAUACGCAGGCAGUGAUAAGACCUACCACCAGUGGCUGUUCACAGUAAAGAAAGGGGGCGGAGCUAUCUUCCAGACAGUGAAGACCAAGGCAAACCCGGCAAUGAAGACCGUCUACAAGCUGGCCAAAGAUCACGCAAAAAUGCGCAUAAGGGAAGUCAAAAGCCGGCUGAAACAGAAGAGAAAGCGUGCAGCCUCCCUCCCCCUGCCCUUCCUCCUGCAGUACUACCACUCCUUUCACCCAGACCAGCCUCCUCCUCCCUGUGCCCCCCCUUUGCAGGAGCAGGUGGAGAAUGGCUUUUCCACCACGGAGUCGGUGGUCAUUAACGAUGAUGCUCCUGGCGGCUUCACCUCCCCCACUGGUGCGUUCACAGGGGAGGGAUCACUCCCGUCCUGGGACGGCCAUCGACCCAUCACUGUGCACUUUGGACAGACUCGGCCACCGACGCUGUUGAAGAGACCGAGCAGCAAUAUGAGUCUGGAAAGCUCCUCUGACCACUCUGUGCGGCCCACUCGCCACUACACAGUGUUUCUGUCUGAGGAUUCGUCCGGUGACGAGCUCCAAUACGACGACGGCACUAUCUCUGGCUUUCCCGACAGCUUGCUCUUCCCCGUCCCUUUCGAUUGGUCGCCUCUGCCGCAGCCGUACCGCUCCCUGAAGGAAGUGGAGUUGAUGGAAGGGGACGACCCUGGAUUUGGGGCGGAGAGCCACACGGCUCCUCCCAGUCCGGUUACUGAAAAGUUCUCCAACAUCAACCUGCUGGGCGACAUUUUUGGGUGCCAAGACGAGCCUGACAGCCAACCGAUCACCUUGGCUAAAAGCCUGGAAGACCUGAGAACCCCCAAAGACCCAGAGGAGCUGCAAGCCAAGUUCACCUACCAGUUUAUGGACCUGAGUGUGAGUGAAAAUUCCCGAACGCUUCCCGGUCUCAAGCUGUCCAACCCUUACAACAAGUUGAGUCCCGCAGGACCAGACAAACCCGUCCGGGCCGUCUGUGGGCCCGCCGCCUCCGACGGCCCCCUGUCUGUCCAGCUUCCUGCCCAGACAGAGGUCCGCUCUCCGGCCCGCGAGGGUUCCAGCGCCGCCACCCACACCUCCUCGGACCCCUCGGCCUCGGCCAACAUCACCAUUCCCCGUCCUCAUGGGAGGAAGACGCCUGAGCUGGGCAUCGUCCUGGCACCCCCCGGGGCCCAGUCGCGCCCCAAACCCGUGGGACUCGGUGAGGGAAGGACUACGUCAGGGGGGAAAGAGUUCAGGCAAGCUCUGAGCAUGACCAAAGACGAGCUCCUUCUGAUGCCGAGCCAGGCGGCCGAGGACAGUCUGGAUCUGAUCAGCCUUCUGGACCCGCUGAGAAGCUCGGCGGCCGGCUCCCCCGCGCUGGCCGACCACGGAGACAUUAGUACACCGGCCUGCAAACCAGCACUUCCCCCCAGAGCCUACCCGCAGGGCCUGCCUCCGUUCACACUGCAUCCUCACAUAUCACUGAACCCUUUUGCACAGUCUUUGCAGCACUACUCCCCCACUGUGGGCGGGAACCCCUUCGGGGCGGUGCACAGGCCUCCGCCGGGCUCUUACAUGCACUCUCCAUCCCAGCCGCAGUCCCUUUCUGCACUACCGGGUCUCUACCGACACCAUCCCCCAGGGGGCGUGGGCCUGCCGCGGCCAGCCUUCCCCUCCUCGGUCAGCUCCCUGCCCCCUCCCUCUGACGCUCUCCCCUCAUCCUUAUUCAGCACCUCCACCGCCACGCUGGAAAACCCGCUUCAGGCACAAGGAGACAGCCGGAAGCCGGACGAUCCGUUCGGUGACCUGCUCAACCUGGUCAGACCAGCCGCGCCACAGAAAAAGAAGGUGGAAGACCUUCGGAGGAAGUGGGAGACCUUUGACUGAGUUUCUGCUCAGGGGCGCCCCCCUCUGUCACAGCUCUGUCGGCGCUCUCUGCUGCUCUCAGUGAUGCAUCACCUCUGAUAGCAGCCCAGUCUGCCGUUGCACUUCCAGAUGUGCCAGAACAAAGACGGGUCUAUGCUCCCUCCGUAACAGCGUCUGUAUCCGUGGUGAUGCGGAGCCUGAGGUCUCUGAACGCACCUCAGCUCACAAACUGACCAUAAUUCAGGAUGUCACCUGAUCAUCCGGAGCGCCGCCUGCUGAGUCGCGUCUAGCUUUUAUUGUUACUGAUGUCAGAUUGUAAGCCAACUAAAGGAAUUCAAAAACACCACCAGUCGACGUGACCAAGACGUCCGUAGGGGAGCUCUGUUCGGUCGUCAUAGGGACGUUUCUUUAUGGAGCGUAAAUGGAGAAUAGCUGGUGUCAGAACAUCCACUAGAACCUAAAUUAGUCCACUUGUUUAGAACCAAUCCACAUCCACAGCAGUUCUCACGCCCACAUAAGCGUUGUUGUUUGCACUGUCGUCAGGUUUUUUUAAUCAUGCACAUUUAAUCAUCUGGCUGAUUAUUAAAUGUGACCGAGGCGAGCCAGGAAAGGGUACGGUCAUGUGACCGAGGCGAGCCAGGAAAGAGAACGGACAUGUGACCGAGGCGAGCCAGGAAAGGGAAUGAUCAUGUGACCGAGGCGAGCCAGGAAAGGGAAUGAUCAUGUGACCGAGGCGAGCCAGGAAAGGGAAUGAUCAUGUGACCGAGGCGAGCCAGGAAAGGGUACGGUCAUGUGACCGAGGCGAGCCAGGAAAGGGAAUGAUCAUGUGACCGAGGCGAGCCAGGAAAGAGAACGGACAUGUGACCGAGGCGAGCCAGGAAAGGGAAUGAUCAUGUGACCGAGGCGAGCCAGGAAAGGGAAUGAUCAUGUGACCGAGGCGAGCCAGGAAAGGCAACGAUCAUGUGACCGAGGCGAGCCAGGAAAGGGAACGAUCAUGUGACCGAGGCGAGCCAGGAAAGGCAACGAUCAUGUGACUGAGGCGAGCCAGGAAAGGGAACAGUCAUGUGACCGAGGCGAGCCAGGAAAGGGAACAGUCAUGUGACUGUGGCGAGCCAGGAAAGGGAAUGAUCAUGUGACCGAGGCGAGCCAGGAAAGGGAAUGAUCAUGUGACCGAGGCGAGCCAGGAAAGGGAACGAUCAUGUGACCGAGGCGAGCCAGGAAAGGCAACGAUCUUGUGACUGAGGCGAGCCAGGAAAGGGAACGAUCAUGUGACCGAGGCGAGCCAGGAAAGGCAACGAUCAUGUGACCGAGGCGAGCCAGGAAAGGGAACGAUCAUGUGACCGAGGCGAGCCAGGAAAGGCAACGAUCAUGUGACCGAGGUGAGCCAGGAAAGGGAACGAUCAUGUGACCGAGGCGAGCCAGGAAAGGCAACGAUCAUGUGACUGAGGCGAGCCAGGAAAGGGAACAGUCAUGUGACUGAGGCGAGCCAGGAAAGGGAAUGAUCAUGUGACCGAGGCGAGCCAGGAAAGGGAAUGAUCAUGUGACCGAGGCGAGCCAGGAAAGGGAAUGAUCAUGUGACCGAGGCGAGCCAGGAAAGGCAACGAUCAUGUGACCGAGGCGAGCCAGGAAAGGGAACGAUCAUGUGACCGAGGCGAGCCAGGAAAGGCAACGAUCAUGUGACUGAGGCGAGCCAGGAAAGGGAACAGUCAUGUGACCGAGGCGAGCCAGGAAAGGGAACAGUCAUGUGACCGAGGCGAGCCAGGAAAGGGAACGAUCAUGUGACCGAGGCGAGCCAGGAAAGGGAACGGUCAUGUGACCGAGGCGAGCCAGGAAAGGGAAUGAUAAUGUGACCGAGGCGAGCCAGGAAAGGCAACGGUCAUGUGACUGAGGCGAGCCAGGAAAGGGAACAGUCAUGUGACCGAGGCGAGCCAGGAAAGGGAACGAUCAUGUGACCGAGGCGAGCCAGGAAAGGCAACGGUCAUGUGACUGAGGCGAGCCAGGAAAGGGAACAGUCAUGUGACCGAGGCGAGCCAGGAAAGGGAACAGUCAUGUGACCGAGGCGAGCCAGGAAAGGGAACGAUCAUGUGACCGAGGCGAGCCAGGAAAGGGAACGGUCAUGUGACCGAGGCGAGCCAGGAAAGGGAAUGAUAAUGUGACCGAGGCGAGCCAGGAAAGGGAACGAUCAUGUGACCGAGGCGAGCCAGGAAAGGCAACGGUCAUGUGACUGAGGCGAGCCAGGAAAGGGAAUAAUCAUGUGACCGAGGCGAGCCAGGAAAGGGAAUGAUCAUGUGACCGAGGCGAGCCAGGAAAGGCAACGAUCAUGUGACCGAGGCGAGCCAGGAAAGGGAACGAUCAUGUGACCGAGGCGAGCCAGGAAAGGGAAUGAUCAUGUGACCGAGGCGAGCCAGGAAAGGGAAUGAUCAUGUGAUCGAGGCGAGCCAGGAAAGAGAACGGACAUGUGACCGAGGCGAGCCAGGAAAGGGUACGGUCAUGUGACUGUGGCGAGCUAGGAAAGGGAAUGAUCAUGUGACCGAGGCGAGCCAGGAAAGGGUACGGUCAUGUGACCGAGGCGAGCCAGGAAAGGGAACGAUCAUGUGACCGAGGCGAGCCAGGAAAGGGAAUGAUCAUGUGACCGAGGCGAGCCAGGAAAGGGUACGGUCAUGUGACUGAGGCGAGCCAGGAAAGGGAACAGUCAUGUGACCGAGGCGAGCCAGGAAAGGCAACGGUCAUGUGACUGAGGCGAGCCAGGAAAGGGAACAGUCAUGUGACCGAGGCGAGCCAGGAAAGGGAAUGAUCAUGUGACCGAGGCGAGCCAGGAAAGGGUACGGUCAUGUGACCGAGGCGAGCCAGGAAAGGGUACGGUCAUGUGACUGAGGCGAGCCAGGAAAGGGUACGGUCAUGUGACCGAGGCGAGCCAGGAAAGGGAAUGAUCAUGUGACCGAGGCGAGCCAGGGAAGGGAACAGUCAUGUGACCGAGGCGAGCCAGGGAAGGGAACGGUCAUGUGACCGAGGCGAGCCAGGAAAGGGAACGAUCAUGUGACUGAGGCGAGCCAGGGAAGGGAACGAUCAUGUGACCGAGGCGAGCCAGGAAAGGGAACGAUCAUGUGACUGAGGCGAGCCAGGAAAGGGAACGAUCAUGUGACUGAGGCGAGCCAGGGAAGGGAACGAUCAUGUGACCGAGGCGAGCCAGGAAAGGGAACGAUCAUGUGACUGAGGCGAGCCAGGGAAGGGAACGGUCAUGUGACCGAGGCGAGCCAGGGAAGGGAACGGUCAUGUGACCGAGGCGAGCCAGGAAAGGGAACGCUGGAGAGCAGAGCAGCGUCACCUGGGUCAUCUGGGAGAAAAGUAAAUAAAUACAUCCACUAAAGACCAGGUGGGGCGGGCGAACGUCCCCGACAAAACCGGUUGUGACUUCAUCAGGUGACGUCAUGUAUUUAAUAAUCCACAUUUAUUGAAAGAAUGAAACUGGCACGCAAAAAGAAAAACUCUCAGGUCAGAAUCAGGAUGCCCUCGAUCAAUAAACUGAUCAUUUUAUGCUUUUUAACCACAUUUAGUACCAUGGGGAUACUUCUGGCCCAGAAUCUCUGCGUUCUCAUCCUCCCUCUUUUCAUCCCCCGUCGAUCAGCCUGUUUCUAACUGCUCUUCACAUCCAUGUCCACGUUGCGACCAGGUCCUGAAGACGAAGCUGCAGUAGAGCUGAAGUGAUAGGAUUGACAUACUUUUACCUCAGACUCACAGUUUUUCUUUUAUAAAUUCAGAUUUACAGUUUUUUUGCUUUGAAUUUUCCUCCCGCUCUGCCCCUAAUCUACGUUUAAUGACUUCCCAGCAGCUGUAUGAGACCUGCCUGUGUUUACAGAUGACUUCAGCAGAUACACUCAACUCCUCUAAUCCUCCCUAAACGCUUCACACCGCCCCAACCCCCCCACGACCGCUCCAACCCCCCCCCGCGGCCAUAUGCUCUCCACACAAGAACCAGCCAUAUUUCUAAAAUAGCAAACUCAUCUUUAGUUUCUGGACCAUUAGCGUGUGGACAGUUUUAUCUUCUGGUGUGGGUCCUGGCUCUGACGGGACCUCAUGAUCUCACUCAUCCGGAUGCUCAAUGAGGACCAAUCCAGUAGAUUUUGUCAGUACUUUUCUCCCGCUGCUGUUUCCGUAAAUGCAUCAGAGAUGAUGGAUCACAUGUCGCUGCAGACGGUUCUGAUCAGCGGGCGAGAGAAGUGACACCCCUGUGACAGCCCUCUGCUCCCCCCCGGCAUCGGCGCUGCUGCGGAGCAGUCACGUGACCCGACCCGGUCCUGGAGGUCAUGUGACCCGACCCAGUCCUGGAGGUCACGUGACCUGGUCCUGGAGGUCACGUGACCUGGUCCUGGAGGUCAUGUGACCCGGUCCCGGAGGUCACGUGACCCGACCCGGUCCUGGAGGUUAAGUUACCCGGUCCUGGAGGUCAGGUGACCCGGUCCUGGAGGUCACGUGACCCGGUCCUGGAGGUCACGUGACCCGGUCCUGGAGGUCAGGGUGUUGGGUUGUUGCUGCAGCGGCUGCCGCUGGGCUCUCUGGGUCACACGUGACGCCAGCCUUGCUUUAAAACAUGUUCGAUGCCAACAGUUUGCACAUCCGCCUCCCCAACCCUCAGUUGCUGCCACGGCAAUGGACUCUUGGCUGUGGAUCAGUAUCUAUCUCUGUGGAUCAGUAUCUAUCUCUGUGGAUCAGUAUCUAUCUCUGUGGAUCAGUAUCUAUCUCUGUGGAUCAGUAUCUAUCUCUGUAGAUCAGUAUCUAUCUGAAAAGCUGGCUGAAGAAGCUCAACAGUCACACAGCUGCAUAUGUCUCACUGGUGACACCUUCCUGAGUGAAGCUGUUGUUGGUCGCAGCUCGUCUGCUGUAGUUACCAUAGUUACCAUCCCCAUGGCAUGAUGUCGUGCUAACGCUCCAGCCGUAGUGCCCCUGCUGAUGGUCGUGCAGUUUCAUGCAGAUUGCUGGUUUCUGUUGGUCUCCAUGAUGAAUUUCACACCUAUUUGAAUUGAAAAUGUGUUUCCUCUCACUGUUCUUAAAAAAGAAACCCGACACGCCUACAAUGAAGUGUUGCCCCUAAUGAAAUUAUUUUAAACAUGUCUGUCUGAUUAAAUAUGAAGAUUUUGAAA